AUGGGUCGUGUUAUAAGAUCACAAAGGAAAGGGCCCGGUGGCAUUUUCAAAUCCCACACUCGCCUUCGAAAAGGCGCAGCAAAAUUAAGACCUCUAGAUUACGCAGAACGAAAUGGCUACAUUCGGGGCAUCGUUAAAGAAGUUCUGCACGAUCCUGGUAGGGGUGCACCCCUCGCAAAAGUUCAAUUUCGUGACCCAUAUCGUUAUAAACUUCGAGUUCAAACUUUCAUUGCAACAGAGGGAUUACACACGGGACAAUUUGUGUAUUGUGGAAAAAAGGCGGCCUUGACCGUUGGAAAUGUCUUACCACUUAGCGCCAUGCCCGAGGGUACAAUCGUUUGCAAUGUCGAGGAAAAAAUUGGUGAUCGUGGUGCGUUAGCUCGUGCCUCAGGAAAUUACGCCACAAUUAUUGGUCAUAAUCACGAAGAGGGAAAGACUCGCAUCAAACUUCCAUCUGGUGCGAAAAAAGUUCUCAAUUCUAAUGCACGUGCUACAAUCGGUAUUGUAGCAGGGGGUGGACGUAUUGAUAAGCCUUUGCUUAAAGCUGGUCGCGCUUAUCAUAAAUACAAAGUAAAAAGAAAUUGUUGGCCAAAGACUCGUGGUGUUGCAAUGAAUCCCGUCGACCAUCCUCACGGUGGUGGUAAUCAUCAACAUAUUGGUCACGCGUCAACUGUUUCUCGGGAAAGUGCGCCUGGUCAAAAGGUUGGAUUGAUAGCUGCCAGACGAAGUGGUUUACUUCGUGGUACCAAUAAAGUCAAAGGUUAA